CAUGGUUUGUCAAGACUUCUAGCCUCAAGAACACAGUGGAUCAAAACUUUGACUUCCACUAACACUGAACCUCUUUUAGACAUCCAGAAUGAUGAAGAGGCAUCUGAUUGGCCAACUUUUAUUAUGCAAGUCAAUAUGGAACAAUCUUUUAAAUCAUCUUCAUUGGCAACACUACAGCCUUUUCCUUCUCAGGCCUGGGGUGCUGAGUCCAAGAAACCUGUUGCUUGGAAUACAGAGACAUACACACCUCAGACUCCUGCCGAAACCAGAUUUAGCACCUACCAGAGACUGUGGAAGUCUUCCGGUGCUACCCAGACACCAUCUGAGGAAACAAAGGACUUGACAGAUGCUCCUACAGCAUCUUCAAGUGAUGACAGACGCAAAUCUUCCACGCUUCAUGACUGCAGCCUGGUUGGCACUGGGAUCUGUCAGUCACCUGACUCCUCAAGGAAUCACGCUUCAACUAACAACACCCUGUCCACUCCACCUCCUAUGUAUGAAACCACACCCCCUGGUAUAAUAACCCCACCCCCUGAAGCCCAGACCCCGCCUCUAUUGGUCCCUUUGCUGGCUGAUUGGAAUGCUGCUAUGGCAUCAUGGGGCCUUGCAUGGGAGUUGCAGGUAUACGGGCUCAGCUGUGUGUUCUCGCUCGUGGCUGUGCUGUCUGUGCUCAGCCUGAUGUGUUUGCCAUUGCGUUGGCCCUCUGGCUGUGCCCACUUCAGCCUCCUCCACAUUCUCCAACUACUAACAGGUUCCAGCAGAGCUCUGUGGCUCCUCUAUGAUCCAUAUGGCCAAAAAGAGCGCCUACCUGUAGUCUGGGCACGACUGCUGCACGAAGCUGCCUAUCCCUGUAUUACUGCGUCAUUUGGCCUUCUGCUUCUACUGCUAACUGCUCGCUCUUGUUCCCAUCUACUUUCCCAGAAUACCCUGCAGCGCAGCACCUGCGUGUUGGCCGCCUUAGUGCUGCUGCACAUAGCCAUAGUGAUGGCUUCCAUGGCAAUACUGCAACUCUUUCCCACCCUGAAAAUUGUGCCUCUAUUGCCGCCUGCAGCCUUUGUGUUGUUGUCCUCUCUCUUCUCAUUCACGUACCUGCUUCUUUACAGCUGUGGCCGUGCCGAUGUCAAGCACAUUUACCGACUAAAAGAGAGCUGUCCUGAGCGGCCAUCACGCCAUGCUAGCAGGUGUCCAUUCACAGAGGCACAGAUGUGGGAAAGGGCAGCCAGGACAGGGGUAUUCUCUGCCCUGUUUCUGCUAGCAUGUGGCAGUCUACGACUUUACGCCAUGCUCCAUGCAGGAGGGCUAACCGGUGGAGUCAUGGUUGGCCUGAAGCCCUGGCCCUGGUGGGGCUUUCAGCUCAGCUGCCGAGUGUGUGAAACAGGAGUAUGUCUCACACUCGCUCUUGUAAUCACUCACCCCCUUCUCUGUUGCGGAGUGCCCCUUUCCAAACCAGGAGGCUGCAGCUGGCUCUUCAAAAAGACACCCACAGAAGGCGCCACGUUGGCCAAACCCACCAUCCUCUCGAGUCGGUGUGGCUGGACACUACGGCCCGCCGAGAAGCUGGGGUUGUGUGAGGGAAUAGUACGACGGGAAAGUGAAAGCGUGCCGCUCUACACCUUGGUGGAACUUCUGAACAGCGAAUCAGAUGGUUUGGACCUCCAAUAUCCAGCCAGCCCUCAGCAUGAGUCUUGCACACAGCUCUCCCAAACCACAAAGAGGAAAGCAUCCCAUGCGUCCUCCUUUGCAAGCUCCGACGCCGACUCCACGGCAGAUCUGCAGCCCCCUUCACCAAUCGAUCUGCAACGAAGCAUCGACGAGGCCUUGAACAGUGAGGCUCUGUUACAGCAUAGCCUGUUCGGUUCUUCCAGGCUCUCUCUCAGCACACGUGGACCCCCGGACGGACAAUCCUGUUGGAGAAACUCCACCGAACCCAGCAUAUACCGCACUGCCUCCUGUGGUGAUGUGGACCCCUCUACAGUCCCCAGCCGACCUAGGCAAUGGAGCACUGUAUGUGGGAGACCUGCUCAUGCCUCGGUCAAUUGCAGUGGGUUUAACUCAACACAACUGUCCCAGAGCAACCUACAUAGGGGCUCUCAAUCUGUGCAGCAACCCCACAGACGGUACAUGGCCUUGGGCCCUACGUCCACCAGAGAGAGCGUGCAUGUGGAGAAAACUUCUCAUGUUGAUGAGCAUGCCGUUCAGGAUGAAUUCAUCAAUGACUGCAGGCAAAUAGAUGCAAUCAGCAUCAGAAGUGCUACGAUCAACCUAUAGGGAGACAUAUCUUUAUUCAACCACAUUUACAUUUAUUCAUUUAUCAGAUGCUACAGAUUGUGCAGUAUAGAGGAUGUGCUGUGCUUACCUGCAGAAUUAACAUUUUCCAGUUUAACGUUUAACGCAGGGUUGUCAAGGUGUGCUCUUGGGAGGUCCACCUUCCAACAUAAUUUAGCUCCAACUUCCCUGCUUGUUUCAGGUGCGUUUAAUUUUGGCUAUAAACUCCUCUGCUGGACGAGUGGACACCCCUGAUUUAACCAAAAAACUUUAAGUAAUUUCAACCCUAUUUACAGAACUCUUCUUGAUAUAAACAUAGAGAGGAAUUUGCUGUUCAUGCACUCUGCUUGAAUGGAAAGUAUUUUUUAUUUUGGAAGCAGACAUGACAUGGACAAAACGGCAACCUACAACGUUUAAGUGAGUAUAACUUUUCUCAAGAUCACAGUUCUCUUUCAACAGUUAGAAAUUCUCUGAAAUCCACUUCUUAUAUUCGACGAAUCUUGUUGAAAAUGCUUGGUUUGAUCAAAAGACUUAAAAAAAAAUUUUAAUGAACAUGAAGCUUGUGUAACUUUCAGCACUAAGCAAUAGCACUUAUGAACAUGUUUUAUGAUGAUAUUUUGGUUGUGUUCUUACAGCACAGAUCACCUAAACACUCUUGACAACAUUACAACUGUAUAGAGAGACAUUCUUUAGAAACAAUUUGCAUUUUAUUUCAGCACUAUCAUUGGUGUUAACAUGCUAAUGUGUGGCAGCCCUGUCACUUAACAUUUUAAGAGUGAGACCUACAGUAGGUGUUCUUUUGGAGCAUAUACUUAUGGGAAAAGAUGCAUUUAGCAAAAGGCUGCAUGGAGAAAAUCAUGAUUUUUUCUUUAAAGUAGUUAAAGGUGCUGUAGGGAACUUUUGUAAAAAAAUAUUUUUUACAUAUUUAUUAAACCUGUCAUUAUGUCCUGACAGUAGAAUAUGAGACAGAUAAUCUGUGAAAAAAAUCAAGCUCCUCUGGCUCCUCCCAGUGGUCCUAUUGCCAUUUGCAGAAACUCCAUCGCUCCCGGUAAAAAUCAACCAAACAGAGCUGCGGUCCGUAACUUUGUUUGUGUUCAAAAUGUAGAAAAAUGUAUAUAAUAAGCGAGUACACCAUGAAUCCAUUUUCCAAACCGUGUUUUUGGCUUGUCCUGAAUCACUAGGGUGCACCUAUAAUAAGUGUUUAUAUUCGGACUAUUUUAGAUUGCUUCGGGGAUACCGCGGUGGAGUAACCCAGUACCUUUGUGAUUCUUCAUAGACAUAAACAGAGAGAAGUAGUUCCGGCUACGAUGUUCUUCUGCAAGACGCAAGCAGUUCUGUUUAUUAACCGCUAGAGCAUCAAAAGUUACCGACCGCAGCUUUAACUGUUAUUUUAAUUAUAUGUAUUGCUUCAUUAAGAUCUAUUCUACCCUGUACCCAUAAUCCCACUUCUUAAAUACUGCCCUCUGUUAGCCAUGGAGAUGUAAUAAAGUUGUGACAGCUUGUGCAUUUGUUACUGACAGCAUCAUCACAGAAACUUUAAGAUUGUCUCAUGCUUGGCUUCUCUUUUUUUCUUCAAAUGUAUUAAAUUCUCAAAUGCAUUUUCUCUCUUUGAAUAGUAAAUGGUCCAACACUUCUAUGCAUGACAAUGUAAACCUCCGUAUUGCAUUGCUCAUUAUGCUACUGUGUUUAGAAAAAGGUACACUAACAUUUAAAAGAUUUAAUCAAAGUAUACAGUUUAGGAAAAUAUUGAAUCAGAGUAGACAGAAAUGGAUACUACAGGAACAAAAAAGGAAACACAGUCUAUAAAACUCAUUCUUUAUUCUAUAAACUGGAUUAUAUUCAGAAUGACAACACAACAGUCUUUUUUGUGUGAAAUAAACAAAGAAAUGAGCAUAUCUAAUGUCUGUGUACAUGACUGACUAGUGUAAUGAGAGUAACAG